AUGCUCGUGGCUGGAUUCGGUCACUGGUCCGAGAUCAGCAUAUACUCGGCCAAUGUCGUCUCGGGGCUGGCGUACUUCUCGACCUCCGUACAUAUGGGGACCCUCGACUAUCUCAUUACCUAUCUCCGCGGGCAUGGCAUCGUCAAGGGCUGCAGGGUGUUUGCAAUGGUGUGCACCCUGCUACUUUUGCUCUUCAUUCUCGGAAUGCAGUUAUCCUCGGCCUGGUGGGUUGAUGACCAAACAUCGAAUCUAUUCGUUAUAUGCGCUUUCUGGGACUUCUCGACGAGAUGGAACACUUAUGACGACGCAGGCUUCGUUCUAGCCAGGCUUUACGUCAUGGUAAUUCUGGUUUGGCAGCACUACCUGAGGAUAGAUAUCCUUUACUCUCGAUGGGGCCGUCUUCCGCAAGGCGAGGACCUGAUGACCAAGAAAAGGCUCGUAAAGUACGGGAUCGAGGACUUUGACUAUCGCGAAAUUCUAUACAAGCAACGAGCGAGGGAGGAGAUCAUAACACCCCGAACCUGGCGUCGGACGAUUGUCACAUGGACACUGAUCGAGUCUUUCGCUUUUCACGAAAUCUGUGGAUCGCGCGUCUGGCAGAUUGCGACGCUGCUAUAUGCUAAUGUCUAUGGGGCGAUCCUUAUAUUCGCCCUUCGUGAGGAUCAUCAAGGUACUGUCGGACCAUUCAACACAAUGGGCUUCGGACAGAUUGUCCCUGUCUUUUUGCUCGCCUUGCUUAUCUUUGCGCUCGUCGAGAGCGUCCACGGUACAGGACCAUCCCAGAACAUCAUUGUUUCACCAGACUGA